CAGCCUUCGGCCCCGGCACCAUAAUAGAGCACCCUGUGCAGUCUGCUCCACCUGGUUCCAUCCAUUCCUAGAGAACUAGCUACUUAUCCUCUCUGUGCCUUUACUAUCUCAUAUGUAAAUUUGGGAGAAUACCAAUUACCUCACAGGGCUGUUAGGAAGAUUAAAUAGGGUAAUAUAUGUAAAACGAAGCUCACUGGCUGGCUUGCAGUGAAGCUCUCCAGAUUGUAGUUAUUAUCAUUGUUAUUAGUGCCUAUCCAAGUGUCAUUCUUCGGAGAAUGAAUAGGGGGCUGGUGCCCGAGGGACUUGGGGGUGGGGUUGUGAGGAGACGGAGAGAAGGCGGCUAGGGAAGGGAAGAACCGGGAUGGAAUAAUCGGGGUGCGUCUUUAUUCGUGCAUGGGUCUGUGCGUGUUUGUGUGUGUAUAUGGAUCUGCGUUUGUCUGGGGAAGGGUGACAAGGAUCCAGAGAAGAAACCCAACCCUUUCUCCGAACUCAGUUCUGGGGAGUCAGGUGCCCCGGCUCUCCCGGCGCCCCGGCUCUCCCCGCUGAAGGAGGGCUGGGAGCUGCCUCCACCCAACGCAGAACCCGCCGCGGAAUCACCAGCGUCUUGAGUGUGUGCAUUUGGGAUCAGGGAGGGGGAGGGGACCUGCGCCGCCGCGGCCACCACGGUCCGUACGAACUUGGGGAUCCCAGGACGGGACAGUGGCAGCCCCCAGUGCGGCCGAUCCGAGCCCCACCCCGCCGCCGGCUCUCCGGCCACGCCGCCCCGCCGCGUGCUCCCGGGGCCUCGGAUGCUCCCGGAACCCCGCGGGCGGGGCCUGCCUUCCGGAGCCGGGUUGGCUGGGGGCGGGCGGGCGGGCGGCGCUGGGGAAAGGGCCGUUACUUUCCCAGAGCGGCGGGGCGACGUCAGGCGGAAGGGCGCGGGGCGCGCACGCUUUAAAUGGCAUUCGCUGUCAUCCGAGCUCGCGGCCGUGUGGGCAGGAGCGGGCUAUAUAAGCGGCGGGCCGGGCCGCCGCGGGGCAAACGGUGACAGCCGCGGCGGCGAGCGCCCGGGAGCGCAGCCCAGCAGCCGAGCCCCGCGCCCCCCGACGGGCCCUCCCGCCCGCCCUCCCGAGGAACGCCGACCCGGGCCCGCGAGGGCCGCCGCCACCCCGCAGCAGAUUUGGAUCCCCCGCCCGGCGAGCCCCAGGCUGCUGCCUCCCGGGGGGCCCCGGCGCAGCGGCCGCCCCCUGAGAGCCCCGGCGCCCCGCCGCCCGGCCCCGAAGACGCCGGUAGCGCCAUGGCGGCCGCCAAGCCCGGCGAGCUGAUGGGCAUCUGCUCCAGCUACCAGGCGGUGAUGCCACACUUCGUGUGCCUGGCCGACGAGUUCCCGCAGCCCGUGCGGCCCGCCAAGCUGUCCAAGGGCAAGGGCCGGCUGCGGCGGCCGCGCCAGUCCCGCUUCAAGACGCAGCCGGUGACCUUCGACGAGAUCCAGGAGGUGGAGGAGGAAGGGGUGUCCCCCAUGGAGGAGGAGAAGGCCAAGAAGUCGUUCCUGCAGAGCCUGGAGUGCCUGCGCCGCAGCACGCAGAGCCUGUCGCUGCAGAGGGAGCAGCUCAGCAGCUGCAAGCUGAGGAACAGCCUGGACUCCAGCGACUCCGACUCGGCCCUGUGAGAGGCGCCGCCCGCCCGGGGACCCGCGAACCAAGCCCCAGAGGGUCCGGGCCCCGCGCCCCGGGGACCCGCGAGGACCGGGACCUCUCGCCGGGCUGCGAGCUGCUCGGUGCGCCCCGCGCUGCACUGGUCCCGGGCCGGAGCGCGCGGGGGUGCCGGGGAGGGGGGCCGCUUUCUUUGCCCUUGUAAAUGUUUAUUUUUUAACUCUUCCCAGUACGGACUCUGCCAUGAGUGUGUGCGGGAGGCGCGCCUGCGCUGAGUCGGCCCUGGGUCGCCGGGGCUCCCCCGAGAGCCGCUCCACGCCCUUGUCUGAUGGUUUGCAACUCCGAUUUUGCACACCGCUCCACCGUGCCCCCCAGCGCACACCCGUUCACACUCACGCCAACACACUCUCGCUGAACACUUUUAUAAUUGUUAGGCGCGGCCGAUGGGACUUGGGGCGCAGCGCAGCUGCUGCUGCGGCCGGAGGACUGAUAUUUAUUUUUGCAUUGCGAUGGCUGACGGCGUUUAUUUAACGAUCUUUUUACUUGGAUAUGUCUGUGAGGCUCCCGAACGGAGACAAAUAAAGUCAAUAUAUUUGCACAGUG